AGGUGCUCUCACAGCCCUUGUGUGUCACGGAAGACAUUUUGAGCCGCUGGGGUCGGUCCGGUUUGUUUGUGGGGUCUCAUUCUGAGUUCGGGGCUAACGGACUGCUGGUCGGUAAAGCAGGAUCCAAUUUAACGAAAACACGGUGAAGUCUAACCGCCAGAUGUGCAACGAAUCCCGGGAGCUAGCAGAGAUCUAGAUGCUAGUUAGUUAGCGUUAGCUAGCUGGCCUGCCCUCCUCUUCCUCCUCCUCCUUCUCCUCCUCCGCCACCUCCUCCUCGACAGCUGGUCCCUCCUGACAGAAACAAUGGCUUUAAAACGGAUUUCUAAGGAACUAACAGACCUUUCCAGGGACCCACCUGCUCAGUGCUCGGCCGGACCUGUCGGAGAAGACAUGUUUCAUUGGCAGGCCACGAUAAUGGGUCCGCCCGACAGUCCGUAUCAGGGCGGUGUGUUCUUCCUCACUAUUCAUUUUCCCACUGAUUAUCCAUUCAAGCCACCCAAGGUCGCCUUCACAACCAGAAUUUAUCACCCUAACAUUAACAGUAACGGCAGCAUCUGUCUGGAUAUUUUACGGUCUCAGUGGUCUCCAGCGUUAACCAUCUCUAAAGUCCUUUUGUCCAUUUGUUCUCUGUUAUGUGACCCAAAUCCUGACGACCCAUUAGUGCCAGAGAUCGCCCGCAUCUACAAAACAGAUCCCGUCAGGUACAACAAGACAGCUCAGGACUGGACCCAGAAAUACGCCAUGUGAACUGCGUGAGCUGCACCUUGCCCCGCCCCCUUUCCCUGCAAUCUGUUGGCAUUUUCAUUCAUCUCAUUCUGAACUGUGAUGCUGUUAAAGCCCGUCUGUCUGUCUGUCUGCUGGAGACCGGAGCCCGCUGGUUACCAUGGCGUCAGAGCCGAGCUGGACCCACUCGCUCCUUCAUGCAUGUCAGUGAUUGGUCCAUGUGCUGCUCUGAACUCUGUGUCCACGUUUUAAAGGAGAAAAGCUGUUUAAGUUUGUAGUUUGUUUUGCGAUUUUAGACGAGAGCCGUUAGUUCAUCCAUCAUCCGACUCCGUUCUCCUGUUUUUGCACUGGAAAAGAUCCGACCUGCGGCGGCGGACCGAUCAACUAAGCGCUCUGUGAUGGUUUUUCUCAAUAAAGAUGAACAA